AUGUUCUGCGCAUUGCACGCAGACGAUCUAGCUUCCAUGAUCAGCAGUCAUUCAGCGACGCUACGACGAGCCCUCUUCUCUGAUCUUCGUCUCGUUACCGGUACUUGGUCGUCGAUAUUACACGCUCUAAAAGAGUGCAAAAAGCUUGAACAUCUACGGCUGAGCUCGUUGUCUGAAGAAAACCACCCGAUCCAACGCUUAGACGUACGACGGGAGAAUCGUGACAUGGCCGAUACGCUAGCCCCUGAGAACAGCAGCUCCGUUGGUCCCCAUCAUGUCGUGGGCUUGUCGGUCAACCUGCGCGAACGGCUCAAUAUCACGGUACCCAGUGGAUGA